CUCUGCGGUGCAUGUCGGCUCGCGCCGCCACUUUCCUGAGCCGCCACUUUCCUGCCACGAGGCCGACCCACUUCCUCGCACUGCGGCUCGGCGACCCGCGGCUGCACGAGCGCGUGCGGCAGCUCCAGGCCCAGGUGGUGGCGAGGGAGCCGACGCUCGAGCCGUGCGCGGUGCCGCCCGAGCGGUCGCACCUCACGGUGCUCGUCUUCCACGCGGCGGACGAUGCUGACGUCCAGCGUGCGAGGGAUGCGCUUCGAGACUGCGCACCGCUGGCGCAGCGGGCGUUUGGCCAGGCGCCACCCGCGCUGAGUUUUUCUGGCCUCGGCAGCUUUGGCCAGAAUGUGCUCUUCGCCAGGGUUGGCCCAGCAAACGCAGACCUGGAGGCACUCAGUCGCUUCGUCGAAGACGUCCGCCAGUUGUAUGAGCACAGAGAGCUCAUCCCUCCGAGUCCCGGCGAGGGCCCUGCAUGGGUGCCACACGUGACACUGCUCAAAACUUCGCGCGCCUCCUCCCCGAAAAAGCGCCGGCGAGGAGGCGGGGCUGGCCGGCUGCGGAUUCGGCCCGAAUCGUACGAGGGCCUUUGCGCAGACCUCGGCUCGCACGCGCUGCCGUCGCUCGAGCUUUGCGCGAUGCGGGGAGGCGGCGCGGAUAGCGGCUAUUAUCCGGUGCUGGCUGAGCUGCCCCUAGGCCAACUGCCUCUGGGGGUUUAGGGGAUGGAGUUAGAGUGAACUCCACAAAAAAUAAAGAGCAGAGUCCACUAUCUAACUGUCUUAUCUACGACGAGAGUGGAAUUGAGAUGAGCGACCGUUCCGUUGGUAAAACCCGCCCGUCCAGCUCUGGACUGCGGGCUGCGGGGUCUUCUACAUCUCACUCUGGCUGCGCAGGCCGAGGCGGCACUGGCGGCGGUGGCAUAUCUCCCGGCGGCGGCGCCCGCUCCGGAGCCUCCUCCCGAAACCGCCUCCUCUCCGACCGGGGGCGCGGUGCCGGCGCCGGCGCCGGCGCCGGCGCCUCCUCCGGCACACGAGAGGCGUCGUCCUCCUGCCCGGCCAGCUCGGAGGCGGGAGGCGGGAAGAAGACGCGGCCGAUGCCUCCGGGCGCGGCAGAGAAGCCGCCUCCCUCUGGCGCGACGGGGAGCGCGCCGCGCACAGGGGCGGGAGGCGCAGAGGAGACGGGCAGGGAGGAGACGGGCAGCAUGCCGGAGGAGGCGGGCAGCAUGCCGCCGCCGCUGGGCGGGUAGAAGAUGCGCCCGCCGCCGCCGGUGCUGACAAAGGACCCGCCCGGCUGGGCCGCAUGCUGCGCGGCGGCCGCGGCGGCCGCGGCGGCCGCGGCGGCCGCGGCGGCGAUAGCCGGCUUGGCCUGGAGCGACGCAACACGCUGCGCGACCGUCCGGUGCAUUGCGACCCGCUCCCCGUACAGCGCAUGCAUCUUCGAUCCCGGCUCAAAGAUUGGCGCAAAAGUGGGGUUGACACGGAGGUUGGCCUCGGCAGCGGUGCCGCCUCGCGCGACGGCGGUUGCCGCCGCCUCCACGAGCUGAAUCUCGACGGCGGUCAGAGGCCGGCCUUCCGAUGGCGGUGCGUCGGCAGGCGCCCAGCGGCUGCGUGGGGCGGCCUCGGCAUCCGGCGCGGCGGCAUCGGCGGUGGUGCCGGCCUCUGCCGACACCGGCUCGUCCCAUUUUCGACGCUUGCGUGGCUUGUCGGCGGCCGACAGCUCGUCCGGGUCGCUCAUUGCCGCGGCGGAGUCCCGUGCGAGCGG